AUGUCUGCACGAGUACCUUCCGACAAGCCUGUCCCACCGACCCCACCGCAGCCGCCUCGAGCAACCUCGCCUGCAAUGCAUCCCAACCUGGAGCAACGCAAAGACCAAUGGCUCGGCCGUAACCAAGACAACAAGGCCUCCCUUGUCUACCAGCCGCACUCCCAACCUCGGCAGGUCUUUCUUCGUAUUCGCAUCUCAACGAUCGAAAAGGCAAAGAAGGAUCUCCUGGUUCGCUUCGAUGCUCAAACCAACCUGCCUCACUUGCGCGCCUCUUCCUAUCCUGGCCUCACCCGGACCUACCGAGAGCUGUGUCUUUAUUCCCUCGCUCUCUCGCUCUCGAGUCCAGCAAUCAUCGUCCCUGCUCUUCCGCUACCCUCGACAACGGCAAGUGGGUUGGAAGAUACGCGCAUCCUCCGACUGAUGCUCGGCAGAUGGUUCCAGCGAAUCCUCGCAGAGCCCAGCUUGCGAGAUCAUCCCGAAACACGCAAUUUCAUCGAGGCCGACUUUGCUUACUCUCCCACUCCCCCGGGCACUGGUAGCUCAUCAGCUGCGAGAAAGCGGUUUGCCAAUGCUAUGGCUAGUGCUGCAUCCGUCGCCUAUGGUGGCGUCGAUUCCACUGGUGCACUACCCAAUGGUGUUUUAGCUACAUCAGCCUCGGCUGGCUCUCGAGUUAGCAGUGGUGGUGGUGGCGCACUAAGCAUACUUGGAAUUCGCGGUGCAAGUUCCAAAGGUCUCGCCACAUCUCGAAGCGUUUAUGACGACGACCAAGAACUUAUUGCAGCCCGAGCGGAAGUUACCCGUCUUGAAAUGCAAUUUGCUGAUGCUGCAGAAGCUUCCGAAAAACUCGCUCAUUCCCGACGCUCCCUCACCGCCGCGCUCACAGAUCUUUCUAUAAAGCUCAACAAUCUUGGUGCUGUGGAAGAAAUUCGACCACCAUCACUGCGACUCGGUCUGCCUUACCUACUCAAACGAACCGCAUAUACAGCGCGCAGUCUAGGAGAGCUUCAAGCUUCGCUUUCCCACACUGAACUGCUUACGAUCGGAGAUGCAGUUGCCUACCAAUCCAUCAAUGCGCGGGCAGCAAAAGAGACCAUGUUAGCUCGUAAUGCGCUGGUGGAAGAACAUCAUCAUGCUCAAAAAGCAACGGUGGCUAGAAAGAGAGAGUUGGAACAUCUUAAAAUUCAAUCAAAUCUUAGCUCCCAUAGAGUCGAUCAUGCAUUGCUCCAUUUGGAAGAGGCUAGGAGUCAUGAGUUUGCAUUGGCUCAUACUUUGAGGUUGAUUAGUGUUGAUUUGCAUCAGAGUUUGCAGAGGCAUAGUAGGUUUGCUCAUGCUGAUUUGCAACAUGCUUUGGUGGAAUAUGCUAGAGGCAGUCUUAUCUUUCAGAGGCAGAUGUUGAGCGAGAUGAGAGUUUUCAAGGCUCAGUUGGAGGUGAUCAAGAGUGUUGAUGUUGGGAGCAAAGAGGAGGGGGGAGUAAGAUCAGAUGGAUUAUUCGCAAGUCUUUCAGCAUCGUUGCCGACAGUAGUACAAACAAACGCUUCUCAAUCUAUGCAUUCCGCUCAAAGACUUCAAUCUGGCUCUUCUGGACCAACUGCAUCCGCCAACCCCACACCGGCACGGGCACGCGCACAAUCCGGUGGCCUAGCAAGCCAACCUAUGUUCCCAUCAAGAACAAGCACAGCAAUGCCAGCCACGGCAAACCCGCAUCCACUCGGAGCAAGCGGUACAGCCAGUGGAACGAGCCGUCUCAGUGCUGCUGAAGCUGCGCGAAGUCUAGCUGGCAAAUUCUAA